AUGGCUGCUUUUGAAAAUGACGAACAAUCAGACUUCGAUUCAGUGCAAGCAUUAAAUAUUCUUGCUGUUAAAGCAAAGGACGAUGAUCGAAGCUUUAUGGAAAUUAUUCGUGAAUUUCCCACGAUAUACGACAAGCGAACAAACGGUUUUCGUGACAAACGAAAGAAAGCUAACUGCUGGCAACGAAUAGCUGAAUUGCUUGAAACUACAACAGAAGAAGUGGAAAGGAGAUACAAGACUAUUCGUACUGCAUUUUCUCGUUAUCUUUCAAAACAAAAGUUAAAGUCUGGAUCUGGAGUAAGCGAUAUUCCCAAUAUUGAUCAAAGGUUCGAGAAUCUUGGAUGGCUUAUAAUCCAUAUGGCUUCUAGACAAGGGACAAGUAACUUGAAUCUAUCACUUAGUCAACCAAACACAACCAAAGACAGUGUCUCAAAUAUAGUUAUACUUGGUGCAGAAGAUCCCGACUUGGUUGAAGAGUUAUCAGAUAGAGAAAAUGAUCAACAUGAGGAAACUAAUAUAACAUUAGAUAUAUCUGUAGAUGACAAUUUUCAAGGCGAAGCAACUGAACAAAUUUGUGAUGUUGCAGAGGAAAUAAGAGACACGGAAAAUGGGACCCACCAAAAGCAGCCAACAAAAAGGCAAAAAAGAGAUGGUAUGAGCUGGGUUGGAGCUAAAAUCAAUAACAAAAUGCAAUUGAAAAAAACUGAUGAACAAAUUAAAGAAGCCAUGUCAAAGUUGGACCAGUCCUUAAAAUGUUUGGAGCACAGUCAAAAAGAUAAACGUAAUGUGGAGAAUGAUGAAGAUUACUUUUACUGUUUGAGUUUAGCCCCCAAACUGAGAAGGCUUGAUGGAAAAAAGAAGGCUUUAAUUAGGAACUUAAUUGAGAAGGCUUUCAUGGAAGUUGAGUACGGAGGUUUUUCAAAGACAAAUUACUUGAAUUCAUUCCCAACUUUUGUUGGAUCUGUGCCAAAUAGACUAGCAAAUUAUGGGAAUAAUUAA